GCUCGAUAUUCCAUAGCAGACGACCCCUUCGUACCUAACCUCAAAUUUCUCCAGAGCCACUGCGAACUUCGCUCGUUCCGGGAGGAUGAGUUCGUUUCACAGUUUGCAUAUCAAGUGACUCGAGGAAGCUCGUGUCAGCCGUUGGUUUUUCAUUCUGGAGCGAGUUUAUGGAUUAUUGGAAUCAAGAUGGGUCACGGAUCGUCGAGUCGUUCGGCUUCCUCCAACAUCCUGUCCUCGGAGGAGCUAACGCUGGUGGAGAACCUGUUCAAGUCCAUGUCGCGUAGUUCUGGCUCCAUAAAGCGCGAGGAUAUCUUUAAACACUGGUCGGUGCACCUGGAUGACAUUCUGUUGCAGUUCGUAGUGAGGUUCCUGUGCCAUGAACCAGGAAAGAGAGUCUCCGCUGUCAAUGGAGAGAGCUUUGGCAGGCUGUACGUAUACGCUGUGAGGGGCAGUUCAGAGGAGAGGACAAAUUUGAUAUUCACUGGGUAUUCGGAUGAGGACCAGAAGUACGAGAUACCUACGCAGAAUUUUCUACAGUAUCUCCAAGCUACUAUUAAUUCUUAUCUGACGCUGCAGAAGAAUUGUGCCAAUGCUCACUUUAAUACUUGGAGUAGUAUUGGGUGUACGGUGAAUAAGAGAAGAAUCAGCAUGAGGUCUCGCACUCUGUGCGAAGAUCUUGUCAAGUAUGGAGACACGCUGACCUUUGACCAAGUGGAGACUUGGUUCAGGCAGGCAGCAACGUUCAAGACAAUUCAAUCGCAUGUUUUUCAGUGCCUGUUUUUAGUGUCACAGAAAAAAGGUGACAAAAAUACGUCCGCAAGGAUCAACGAGUUAAAUCUCUUGCCACUCUGCCGAGGCUUGGAGAAUAUUCCUCACUUUCCCAGUAUACUUGGCCUUGGGGAUGUUCUGUUCCUUAAUCUCAGCUUGCCUCAUGAGCUGCGCAACGAGUGGCGUUUUCUGUUUUCAAGUCAAGUACAUGGGGAGUCUUUUUCUACUAUGUUAGGAAGAAUAACUCUGCAGGGAGCAACAAUCAUAAUUCUCCAAGACACGGAUGAUCAUGUGUUUGGAGGUUUCGCAUCUGACAAUUGGACCCUGUCGCCAAACUUUGCCGGCAAUCAAUCAUGUUUCCUGUUUCAACUAGAACCACAAAUUCUGACCUUCCCAGCCACCGGGUACAAUUCUCACUACCAAUAUCUGAAUUUACAUCAGCAGACGAUGCCUAAUGGAUUGCUAAUGGGUGGUCAAUUAAAUUAUCCCGGGUUGUGGCUAGACUGGGAGUACGGCCCAGGGAAAUCUAGUGUAUCAUGUACGACUUUCCAGAAUUACAUACAACUAAGCGGCAAGGAGAAUUUCACACUCAAGCACUGUGAAGUUUGGGGUGUUGGACCAGUACCUGAAGUGGACGAAGAGGAAAGAGAUUCAAGAUCUGUCCUGGAUCAAGAUCCCACCUCGAAAGUUCUAUUGGAGUUGUCCGGUAAAAAAAUGCACAGCGAGGGGCUUCGUGAGAAAAAAGAGUAAGCAUGAGUUUACCGGAGUGUACAAAUAUUAUUUUUCGCACCAUCUUAUCUGACUCCUACUUUGGUGUAAAUAUGUGAAUCGCGGGUCGAAUCAAAAGUGCAGUCAUUCUUUGGUUUUCACUUAAUUUUUCCAUUCCGAAUCGCAUCACAUAUUUCAGAACCAAACUAGGUGUGGAGGCAAAAAGUGAAACGUAGAGAUAAGAACCACUCUAACUGUGUAUCGGUUUGAUAUUCCUAAGCAGAGCAAGAUUCAGCAAAGUAGCGGGUGACAAAUCUUGUGACUCUAUUCUCUAGUCUUGUAAGAGAUAUUCGCAAUAAGAGCUUCGAGAACGAAAUGUACCACACACUAUCGAAUCAUUGUAAACGAAUUUUAUCGAUGUUUUAGUAAAUCCGUCAAGGUGCAGUGUCAAUUUAGUAUCUUGAGAAGUUUAUCAUGUAUUAUAGUUUUUAAUAUAUAACAGAAAAUAUUAAUUAUGCCUCUUGCUUUUUUUUACUUGAAUUUACAUUGUAAAGAUGUACGUAUACCACACACACUUUUUGAAUUUUAUGAUUGUGUAUAAAACGAAGUCGAUUAUAAAAGAGAAAAGAAAAGUAAUUUCUAUAUGUGACUUUACAAUAUAUCAAGGGAAAAAAGUGUUCUUUCAAGAUUUAAAAUGACCAUAUAUUAUGAACAAAUGAAAAAAAAACAAAGAAAACUAUAUAGUUAGGCGAAGAAUUAUUGUAAAUAAUGCAAAGCCGAUGUGAAGCAUCUUCACUUCGUUAUAUAGUAAUAAUCUUUUUUGCCAUAGUAGAAAAGAGAUAACUUAUCGUAAGCUAUCAGAGACCAUCGAAUAUUAUUCGAAGGAGCAUCGAAAGCUGUAUAAAAAAAGGAAGAACUUUUAAUAGUGAAAACAAAAUAAUAACAAUAACAAUCUUCGUGGCAGACGAUUAUCGAAACUGUCGGAAGCUCGUCGUGAUUGAAGAAACGGCCUUUAACAAAUGUAUUGACGCAAAUAUGUAUACCGUUUGUUUUUCUAUCACUCGUUAUAUUUGUUACUCAAUUCCAGAUAUUGAGCUUUCUAUCUAUGCAUUGUUUUUGUCGUAGUGCGUGAGAUGUAUAUUUCAUUGAAAGAAAAAAGCUCUGAAUUUUCCAGAAUGCACAAACUUUAUUCUAUAUUGUGAAGAAGUCUGUUAUCGAAUAUAAUUAAGAGGAAUAAAAGAAAAAGGUCAAAACGAAA